CUCUCAACGGUAGCCAUGGCGGAAAUGGACAGAUUGGAUAUUUUGCCUGAUGCAUUGUUAUCGAUCAUCGUCUCCUCUCUGCCAUUCAAGGAGGCUGUGAGAACUUCAAUUUUAUCGAAGCGUUGGGUGAAGAUUUGGCAAGCAACGAAGAACAUCGAGUUGCAGGAAAGUUUCUUCGUCCGGCCAGAGGAAUCCGAUCAGCGAAUCAGAGACGCUCGGAGAAGAGUUUUUAUCGAUUUCGCGACGAAUUUCAUCAGAGACUACGAAGAACCGACGAUUCGUAAGUUCGCCCUCUCGUUCUCGAAUCCGAGAGGCGACGGCGGCGGCGGCGGCUUCGUCGAUGAGAUCGAGGCCUGCAUUCGAUUCGCUGUUUCUCGMGACGUCGAGACCUUGGAGCUCGAUUUCUCCGACGCGACGUGGAGCGAAUUAGUCAACGACGGCGAGAAUCACGCAGAAAUGUUCGAUUUGCCUCCGAUCGUCUACGGCCACGAGAAUCUCCGAUCUCUGAAGCUGUUUUCGUGCAGAUUUCGGGCGGCGGAGUUCGCGAAGUUGCGAUCGCUGAAGCACCUCUGUUUGGGAUGGAAUCAAGUCGGAAUCGGAGAAAUUAGGGAUUUGUUGAGGAAAUGUGAGAUGCUGGAGAGUUUGAGAUUGAAGAAGUGCUGGAACAUUGCGCAUCUUGAGAUUGGGGGGAACGAUCAUCUGAGGCUGAGGAGUUUGGCGAUUGAGAAUUGCAAUUUUCUUCACGAUUGGAUUUCGAUCGAGGCGCCGAAUCUGACGUACUUUCGAUACUUCGGGAGCGUUGGUUCGUUCCGGAUGGAAGUGAAUCGGUGCUUCGAAGAGGCUGAUCUUGGCUUUCACAUUGAAGAAGAUCAUGAUAGUUCGGAACUCGCUAACCUUCUUUAUGUUCUUCUUGAUAGUCUCUAUCCUGCCAAAGUUUUGAGUGUUUGCAGUUCUUUGCUUCAGGUUAUUCCAAAAGGGGACGAGCCAAUUCGGAUGCAAGCGCCAUUGAAUGUACAACAUUUAACGUUGAGGACAAAUGUGCAUCCAAAUGAAUUUUAUGGCAUAACUUUUCUCUUGAAUAGUUCACCCCAUUUGAAGAUCCUCACUCUCGUUCUUGGCCAAGCAACCAUUUUCCAUGAAUAUGAACCACCAUUUCCAAUGGACAUCGCCAGCUUCUGGGCCACAAAUAUGGUUAUCAUAAAGUGCUUAUCGUCGUCUCUAGAGACAGUGGAGGCCAAGUGCUUCACAGGAAAGCACCACGAAAUCUACUUUCUGGCUUAUCUUCUGCACUAUGGUCGUCUACUGAAAAACCUCUCUAUCACGGUUGAUUCUGAUGAUAUCAAUAAUUUCCAACUCUACUUUGGAAGAGCUCAGCUUCUCAAGAGCAUCAAGCCAGCCUCUGGUGACAUUCAGAUUCAUAUAUGUUAA